AUGUAUAGAGCCUGCCAAGUCAUUAGAAAUGUCACUACCUCAGCUGGGAAACAAGUCGCCGUUGCUUAUGUCACAAAGACCGAUGCAUGGGAACGCAUGAUUCUUUCGCAGGACGUCCAAACUGAGUUCGUUACGGUUGCUGAAAAGUACAAAGACACCCUGAAGCCUGAGACGGUCAAAGUGGCCAUGAAGGAGGCGGAGCAUCCCAGCCAGGCCGAUCCAGCUAGACAUUUCACUGUAUUCGAGCUUGACAAAGAUGAAAAUGUCAUUGCAUCAAAGCACUACUAUGUAUGA